CCGCGCAACGCUUUGUUAAGUCACGGCUUCUAGUUGUGAAUACGACUCCUCGAAUCGACAAUUGCAACGGGAUAUUCUAGUGCACAAUGCCGUACUCGCUGAAAGGGCGGAAUGUCCUGAUCACAGGCGGCUCAGCCGGCCUCGGCGAACUGCUCUCCACGACCUUUGCGAAACAGGGCUGCAACAUCGCGAUCAACUACUUCAACCGCGUCGAGCCUGCGCAGGACGUGCAGAAGCGGUGUCAGGCGGAGGGCGUCAAGGCCGUGGUUAUCAAGGCUGACAUGACGAACACGGACGAAGCGCGGCGCGCCGUCCAGGAAGCGACGGAGCAACUCGGCGGUCUGGACAUUGUGCUUGCCAACGCCGGCUGGACUAAGUUCUGCGAGUGGGGGGACCACGAGGGGAUGAGCGAGGCGGAGUGGGAUAAGUGCUGGGCGGCCAAUGUCAAGGUGCCGCGUGCGCUGCUCCUCGCUGCUAAGCCGACGUUCGACGCAAACCCCGAGGGCGGCGUGAUGAUCACCACGGGCUCGAUAGCGGGCAUUGGGCAGGGCGGGUCGUCGAUGCCGUAUUCCGUGACCAAGGCUGCACAACUACAUCUAGUCAAGUGCCUGGCCGUCACGGAGGGGCCCAAGAUUCGUGUUAAUACUGUGCUGCCGGGUCUGCUGCUGACGGAGUGGGGCAAGAAGUACAGCCCGGAGCGGAUCAAGGCGCUGCAGAACGCGGCGGCGUUGAAGAAGGAUACGGAUCUGCAGGACUGUGUGGAUGCGUUUGUCAUGCUGGCGAAGAAUAGCAGCAUGACGGGGAUGCGGAUCCAGGUCGACGCCGGGCUGAAUGUGCAGGGCGCGUGAGGCGAGGGUCAAAUCCAAU